AUGCAGACGAUUUCGAAGCACGUGGGCGAGGAAAACCUCAAGAAGAUCAUCAACUGGGUCUUGAAGUACCUGUCCGGCAUCGACAUACCUGUGAAGAGGGGCACCUUCAUCGAGUUCCGGACCGGCAUGCUCAACAUCUCCCCGGUGGGCAGGAACUGCAGCCAGGAGGAGCGGGACGCGUUUGAGCAGUACGAUAACGUGAGACCCUGCCGCACCACGGCGCCCCUGUUUUCUUCGUCCUUAUGUACGAAUUGUAGUGUGGGCGUGUAGUUCAGUUGUGAGCACGCAAUCGUGCUACAGGGAUUGCAGGUGUACCUCCUCGGGCUUGCGUACCCUUUUCUUGCUAAUUGUGUGUGUUCUUUAGAUCUUCUGAUGGCUCUAGCAUUUUUGUGACCACGCACCAAGUCUUGGCUACAUUUUGGGAUUAGCAACUGACACGAGU